AGGACACCAACGUCAUAAAAAUGCUCGACCUACCCGAUGCUGAAGAAUUACUCAGAAUGAAGGAAAAGGUGCAAGAAUCCACGCAACAAUUACCAUCAAAAGUCCAUCACUUCUCAUGGCCACCCGGACAAGCAUUCCCAUUCGAGACGUUACCGCCAUAUCCUGCGGGGCCCAAUCUUUCCAAGGUCCGAUAUCCACGAGACGUAUGUUCACCACGAUAUAUGUGCCCCCACUGUAAUGAGCAAUUCGCUUUCCAUCGGUUACGAGGUGCUGUUGUAUGUCCGUUCUGCUAUAAUAAAGUGUCAGUGGGGCGCUAUAAUCGAAGGCUAUCCUAUCAAUUUCUGGCAUUAGCAGCGACGUUACUAGUAAUGAGUGGUGUACUGGCCGCGUUCUCCGUUGUCCUAACACCACAAAGGACAUACAUCGUUGUUGUUGCUUGCUUCUGCUUGUUGUCCUCAUUGGUAUGUUUCAUGAAAUCGUCCCAUCUUCGAUCCACGGCCGAAGAGGCCACAAUGGUCGUCGACGAUUACUAAGCCAUUCUUCCUUUAAAGUCAUCACUAAUAUAAUCGUAUUUAUUAGUUUGCAAAUGUAGUGAACUUCAACGUUCCACUUUUUGCAUACGUUCAGUCUAUCAUGUGUUACAAAUUUGUUAAGUUAUGACAGAUGCAACGAAGGGUUUCGGAAGUUUUGAUAGGUUUUCGUAGAACUUGCGAAGCUACCAAACUCUUGAUCUACUCUCUUUAUCGCUCAAAUUGUUAGUUAUUGCCCUAAUUAGAAGCUCAAUUCAAAUCCGGUAACCCUUUACGAAUAUUGCCACAUAUGUGUUUUUCUCACUUUUAUAGUUAGAUUAUGAGUCCUCAUAGGUGAAAACUUCGUCUCUCCUUCAUGCUAUGCCAUCCUGACAACCUAUGUAGUUGCAACAUUAUAUUCGGUGCUAGAGCCUUAGUCUUCGUUGUCAUCGCACUUCUUGUACAUAAGUCUUAUUUUUUAUCUCAGGUGAAGAAAAAAUUGCAGAACUAAACAUUUCUUUACGAUUUCAGCCGAAUCAUAGCAACAUUCGCUUAUCCUAUUGAGAAUUGCUCGAACUCAAUCUGUACAUGUUUGCCUUAAACCAUCUGCAUGCUUUGCUUCGUCCAUAGAUGUGAUAUAGACACCCAUGAAUUAUAUUUUUGCCUGUCCGUAUGGAUCGAAUUGGGUAAUAAUGUUGUUCCGUGGAGCAACAGCUGUUGUAGUGCAAAACAGCAGUGGAGCCAUGAUUUAAAAUUCCAUGAUGUUGUGCCUUUUCAUACACCGGUGUCACCAAAGAUAUUUGAGAAUAAAUAUGUAAGGCUUGAAA